CGCCUUCGGUGAGGGCUUCGGAGAGCCCAAGCAGGCCGCUCACUCUAACCUGAAAAGCGCAAUUUCGAAAAUGUUUGAAAUGAGUUUGAAGUUGGUUUGAAAUGGAAUUAGGCCCCCGGCCCGUUUGAUAUAAGGUGGUCCGUAAGUCCGGUGCGGACCUAAGGGUUAGGUUUGUGACCCUCCUCCUAUAAAAUCAAUUCGUACAACUCACCAUGACGGCAUCCUCUUUCGGGGAGCUCUCAUAUCUCAGCCUCUCCACGGAAUUAUCUUGCCACAGCUCCAUUCGGAAUAAGAUCAAGCGCCGCAGGAAAACAGCGUACAAUCUCAAGCAACUUCGCGUAUACAACAUCGACGAACCGCCUUCCCCAGCAAUUUCAUCCUCUCUAACAGCAGAUACCUCACCUAGACGAAAGGCAGCAGCAGGGGCGCAGCAGCCAGCUCCGGCCGCUAACGAGCCCCCACCCGCUGGUUACCAUCAGGACCGGUGGUCGACCGCAAUCUUUUUCCGGCGCCGCUGUAGUUUUCAGGGGAGGUGAAAUCCGGCUUGCAGCAUCAACAUCGCUGUAAAUAUCGAUCCAGAAAGAGGUGGACAGGAACGCGACUACACACCGCCGAUUGUUCGGCGGUACCGAACUUCUGCACCCUACGAUAACGUCGACUAAGCGCACAUAACAAAUAAGAAAAUGGGGCAGAACAACUACGAUAAUCUGUGGUUCAGCUCCUGGAUUCAGCUGAAGCUCUACCGAAAUCUCGCGGACGGCACCUGGAAAAGCUUCGCCAUCCUCUGUUACGCAUCACAAAAGUAGGGUGCUAUUACCGGUAAUUGCAUUACAAAUUUCCUCAGCAUGGAAGUUGAAAUUUGUCAUGCGGAUCUACGUUAAGAUUGAUAAAGAUUUGCAAUCUAUGACUGCAAUUACCAAUAGUGCCAUUACUUUCGCGGUGUAUAUCUGCUUCUUCCUCGGCCUGCUCGUCUGGCCGAUUUCCGACACGGAUAAGGUGCAUAACAAGUUCCGAAAACCCUUCUACCGCGUGCAGUGCAUGGUCCCCUUUGUUUCCCUGUGUUCCAGGAGUAGGGCGGAGAUCCAGGACGUCUUGAUAGAAAAGAUAUGCAUUGCAAAAGUAACGUACUAGUAUAAAUUGCAUUACAAAUUUUGGCAAGAACAAAAGUGGAAUUUGUGAUGCUGUUUUACCUUAGGGGGGAGAUUUGUCAUGCAUAUUUGCAAUUAAGUAGUACGAGCGCGAUACUUUUGCACAGCAUAAAAGAAGCUGUACGACAUGAACGCCGCAAAACUUCCGAUACUAGAAGCUUUCAAACGGUUUAUUCCGGUGGUGAUAGAAAGACCGUUUCUACCACCAAGAGACAACGUGGAGGCGCAGGCGUGGGUGGACUUGUUCAAGGUGGAGGCGUUGGACGGGUGGCUCUACAAGCAGAUGGCGUUUUACUCCAAAGAGCCGGAGAGGUAUUAGGGGUGUUCUUUCCAUUUGCUUUUGCAUGACAUAAUCGUCUUUGCAAUGGAUCGAUGGUUAUCACAUGACAAAGUGUUUUCGUGGCGCACGUAGGUCGCAUUUACUGGUGUUACUGCCUGCGUCGAUGCAACACAUCGUAAAAACUACCACAUCAGUGUCACCUACGCGGACCGCCUCGCCGUGGCCUACGUGAACGGGGAGCUCAUCGACUGCUGCGAGAAGCGUUAUUCACUGCAAAAGCGUCGUACUAGUAGUAUACAUUGCAUUACGAAUUCGCUCAGCAUCAAAAAUUGAAUUUGUCAUGCUAAAUUACCUAAGAAACCAGAUUUGUCAUGCUAGUCUGGCAUUUUUUAUACGAGUGCGAUACUUUUGCACAGGAUAAGCGUCGACCGCGGGACAUUCCUCUCACCGACUCCUUCACGAUGUGGGGGCUGUCCCCGUUUCAAAACUGCCAGGAGCACAUCUGCCCGAUGAAGUACCGAUGGAAUAUGAGAGUGCAAAACUCGAACUCCCCUUCCCCUCAUUUGUCAUGCAAAAUUCCACAUUCAAGUGCUUCCCUUGUAUCGCUAUUAUGCAUGACAGAUUUCGGAAGGAACCCAGACGGUACUACACUAGGCACAUGUUGAAUUUGUCAUGCACAGGCUCCACGUGUGCUGGUGUUUGUCUUGCUGUUCAUGCAACACAAAUGCGGGGGAGGGGGAGUUGUGCGCUCUGAUAUGAAAAGCCUGCGAUCCAGAGGAGGAGGAGCAAUUCCAGAACACCACGAAAAAGGAGAUUGAGAAAAAAGCCGAAAUAUGCAGUGCAAAAGUAUCGUACUCGACGUAGUUGCAAUUAUGCAUGACAAAUAUUUUUCCGAAGGUAAAACAGCAUCAGAAAUUCAAUUUGUAAUGCUGAGCCAAUUUGUAUUGCAAUUUCUACUAGUACGAUGCUUUUGUAAUGCAUAGGAAAAGAGAAAGACGAAGUUAAGCAGACGGGCGGGGAAUGCGGAGGAUGAGUUAGACGCGAUGGACGACGAGUCCGAUUCCGACCUCGCGCACGAUUUGGACCGGCUGAACAUCACGGAGAGCAGUGCAGGGGGAACAAGCAGUUCAUCUGCCACGACUUCCACGACGAAAAACCCCAACAACAAGAAGAAGUGUAUUCCGAACAGGAUCGCGGUUUUGGAUGAGUACGCGAACCGAAAGCAGGGGCUGCAGAACGCGAUUCCGUGGUCCGUGAAGUUGGAGGACAAACUACACGCGAAGGAAAUGAACCAACCCGUGGUGAAGGACAUUCGGAAGAUCGACGAGCAGGAUAUUGUGUCCAUGUUGGAGGAGUUUGUGUAGUUGCGGUGAGCAGGCGUUUCUGGAUGCGGAGUGAACCUUCAGUGGUGGAGGUUGGUUUUUUUGCCUGCGCACGCGAUUCGGAAAAACAUUUUUCAAGCGCGUCUGUGGGGAGAUGGAGGGUGUUAGUUGAAGCAACAUCAUGUGGAAGUUUUUGUCCUGUUCGUGCUAAAGCUAUACUAAAACCCCCACUCUGUCUCUGGUGGAUUGUGAUUACUUUCAUCUUCUUGACGAGCUACCUAUAGCUGCUCACAGUUCCUCUUCCUCAUUGUGGCUACAGGGUGAAUGAGAAUGAGCUGCCUGGCUGCAACUCGCCUUAUUAAUUUGACUGAAUGCAACACUAGAUAGGGAUGCGACGACUAUGAGGACAGACUGAAAACAGGGUUAUCAUAGCGCGAACCUCAGCAAUUGCUUCCCGUGGCCCCGCUCCCACGACCUGUACCUUCGCUGAUAAAGAAAAGAACCAGACUACGCCAAAUCUUGGUAAAGGAGCCCAAAACAG